AUGACAACCAAAGAUCUACCAACCAACCAUGACAGUGAAUUACACCAAAUCUGCAACACCAGUGAAAUGACAACCAAAGAUCAGCCAACCACCAGUGAAGUGUCAACCAAAGAUCUGCCAACCAACAGUGAAGUGACAACCACCAAAAAUCUGCCAACCAUAGUGGAUGAAGUGACAGUCACCAGAGAUCCACUAAGCACUAUCGAAGGGACAAUCAACAAAGAUCUGCCAACCACUAAUAAAGUGAUUAUCAAAGAUCUGUCAACCACUAUUGAAGUGACAACCAAAGAUCUGCCAACCACUAAUAAAGUGACAACCAAAGAUAUGCCAACCACCAGUGAAGUGACAUCCACCAAAGAUCUGUUAACCAAUGGUGAAGUGACAACAACCAAAGAUCUGCAACCACCAGUGAAUGAAGUCACAACUAAAGGUCUACGAAGGACGAGUGAAGUGACAGCCACUAAAGAUCGGCUAACAACUUGUGAAGUGACAAUAACCAAUAAUCUACUAACCUCCAAUGAUCUAACCUUCAAUGAAGUGACAACUCAUAUGGUAACUACCAGUGAAGUAACAACGAUUAGAGGUCGGCCAGGCACCAGUGAAAUGGCAACUACCAAAGAUAUGUCAACCAUUGAUAAAGUAACAAAAACUAAAGACUAUCUGUCCACCAGUGAAUUGACACACACUAACCCUAUUUCAGUAUCUAAUGUAAGUACAGUUUCUACUAUUGGUGCAGACUCUACUGCCAAUACAGCAUCCAAUGUGUCUACUACCAAUAUAACACCCAGUGCCACUACAGGUUCCACUGCAAGUACAACAUCUGGCAACAUAGCAUCUACUGAAUCAACAAUGUCCGACGGUACUACAGUGUUUACUGUCACUACAGCACCAACUGCUACAUCAUCGUCUAUAACAGCUGCAACAUCUAAUGCAACUACAGUGUCCAAUAACACUGCAGCAUACAAUGUAAAUACAAUGUCUACUGCUGCCGUAACUUCUAAUGUAAUCACAGCAUCUACUGCUGCUACGGCAUUUAGUGCCAUUACAGCUUCCACCACUACAACAUCCAAUGGAACUACUAUGUAUAUUAGCAAUACAACAUUUAUUGCUCCUACAACAUCUGACGUUUCAGCAAUCACUGGUAAAGUAUCUGAUGCUACAGUGAUUACUGAAACAACAGCAAUUAUUGAUGCCAUGUUUACUACUACUCUAGCAUCCAAUGCCACCACAGCAUAUACCACCGAUGGAGUAUCUAAUGCUACUUCUGUGCCUGAUGCAUCUGCUUACAGUACAGCAUCUGUUGUUACUGCAGCAUCUACUGACACUGUGAAAUAUAACGCAACCACAGUAUCGGCUGGUUUUGCAGGAUCUGAUGCUACUGCACCUUCUGUUGCCACUAUUAAAUUUAAUUCUACUGCAACAGCUACUGCUAUGGCAACACAUACUACCAUUACAGCUACAGAUACUAUAGAUUCUAAAAAUACUUCAGUUACCAAGACAUUAACAAUGGCUACUACCAAUGCAACAUCCAGUGCUCUUAAAAAUUCUGCUGCUACUGCAGUACACAUAGCACAGCAGCAUUGA